UUGAACCUCAAUAGAGAGUGUGGCUGUGACGAGUCGCGACAAAAAUAAGUACUGACACGUGGCGUGUUGCUUGACGUACACGUAGUACAUAUCCUCUCAGCAAAUCAGAAGAGAAACUUAGCUCUCACUCACAGGUCAUCAUCAUUUCUUCAUCACCCAACAACAUCAAGCUCUCUUCGCCGGAGAUCAAACCGUCACGGCCACCACCUGAGGGAUUUUUUUUUUGUUGGUGCUUGUCGUCAUGUCUACGGAACCAGAAGGAGUCGAAUCGGACUCCAAUGCUGAUUUUGCAGCGAAGUCGUCGAGGUUUGACUACGGAGUAGCUCACUCAUCUGACACCCUAACUGAUGCUACGAGCUUUCAAGCUCAGCAGGAUCUGGUAGUCGAGGGAAAAGGUUCGGGCUCUGCUCUUGAUGGUAAGGAUGUGGAUUCUCAUGGUGAUAAUCUCUGUAAUGUGGUUGAUUCUGGUGCAUACUCUGUGGAUUUUUGUGAGAGUAGAAACCUAGAUAGCUCAGGUGAGAAAGAAUCAAAGUUUGGUGUGGUUUCAUCUGGUUCAGAUCUGCUUAAGGGAAGCAAGGAUAAGAAUGGAUUUGUUAACGAGAAUCUGAAGCUGUCUGACUCUGAUUUGGUUUGGGCUAAAGUAAGAAGCUAUCCAUGGUGGCCUGGACAAGUGUUUGAUGCAUCUGAUACAUCUAAAAUUGCUAAGAAGCAUUUCAAGAAAGGAACUGUCUUGGUUGCGUAUUUUGGGGAUUGUACUUUCGCUUGGAUUAAUGCAUCUCGGAUCAAGCCUUUUCAUCAGCAUUACUCUCUAAUGCAGGAGCAGAGCAACUCUGAUCAGUUUCGUGAUGCUAUUGAUUGUGCUUUGGAAGAGGUUUCUAGGAGAGUAGAGUUUGGUUUGUCUUGCUCUUGUAUCUCAGAGGAAGCCUAUAUCAAACUCAAGACUCAGAACAUAGUCAGUGCUGGAAUUCGUGAGGAGUCAAGGGUGAGAUAUGGUGGAGACAAGUUAUCGAAUGCAGACUCCUUUGAACCUGUGAAACUCGUGGAAUAUGUCAGGCGUUUAGCUUGCUUUCCUGACUAUGAUGCGACUGAGGAGCUGAAAUUUGUUAUAAACCGAGCUCAGGUUUUGGCUUUUCGACAAUGGAAAGACCAUUCUCACUCCCUUGACUAUGAAAGAUUUAUAAAGUCGAUAGAAUCCACAGCUUCUCUCCCAAAAGCAAAUACAGUAGAAGGGAUAUCUUCCAGAAAGAGAAAGACAGAUUACAAAGAUAAUGCUGAACACAAGGAAAGGUUUGAUUCUGAGGAUAGGACUGAUGAAGAGACAAAGGAGAAGACUUUGUCAGAUUUGAUUGUAAAGAAACGCUGUGGGAGCAAAUCAACUGAGAUAUUGGAUGGUAAGUCGCAUUCUGAGAAGAAACGUAAGGCUGCGUCUUUGGAAUCUGGUAAGUCUGAGAAAAGGAUCAAGAACAACCGACUAAAAGAGGAUUCAGUGUCUAACAUCUCUGAUGAGGAAAAUGACUUUGCAGUGGGUGAUGCUAAUAAAGGGGGAAGCGAGAUAAAUUCUUUAACUCCUGCACUUAGACCUUGCGAUGAUUCUAAUUCUACCACAAAAUUAGAAGUUGAGAACGAGAAGACGAAGAAGCCAACACACGAAGAGCUUGCCGAAAGAAAGAUUUCUUCUCCUGGCCUUCACACUGCCAAAACUCCAACGGGGAUAUCCGAAUCAAUCAGCACUGAUCCCUUGAAUUAUGAAGAUUUUGAAAUGUUCAUUAAUGAACUAUCUUGCAGUAAUCUCAAUAAUGGUAUCACUGAGACAGAACCUUGUGAUAAGAAAGACUCUGCAGCAGAUCAGAUCUUACCUGCAAAUAAAGAAAUCACUGGCUCAGGCUUGAAAGAGCAAACUGGUGUCAAGGACUGUUCUGCGGAUUCAUCAGCACCCAAUGCAUUAAUCCUCAACAUUGAGGAUUCAGGUUCAGUUCCACCUGAAGAAAUGCUACACUUAAAGGGAAGUAUUGCUGAGAAACCUUCUGAUAAGAAAGACUCUGAAGAAGUGCAGAUCUUACCUGCAACUAAAGAAAUCACUGCCUCAGGCUCAAAAGAGCAUAUUGGUCUCAAGGACUGUUCUGCAGAUUCAUCAGCACGCUAUGCAUUAAUCCUCAAAUUUGCAGAUUCAGGUUCGGUUCCGUCAGAAGCAAAGCUGAACGAGAUAUUUAACCGUUACGGACCUCUCCAUGAGUCGAAGACUAAGGUCACGAAGAAGGGCAAGAGAGCCAAAGUACUGUUCAAAAGAAGCGAAGACGCAAAGACUGCCUUCAGCAGCACCGGGAAAUACAGCAUCUUUGGACCUUCUCUUCUAAGUUACAAACUCGAGUAUGUUUGCCCCACAGCGAAAAAGAGCAACAACGUGACUGUUUGAUACACAUCGUCGGCAUCUCUUAACUUUGUGAGGUCAGGGUUCGAUCAGAUUAUAUCAGUUAGGUUUUAAGUUGAGAGUAGAUUUCGAAUGAGUCAGGAACAAUAUUGUUAUGAGAAUGAGAAUAGGAUUAAAAGUUUGGUAUUGCAUAAUUUAUUCUUUACUCAGUCCAACAAAACCGGGUUUCUAGUUGGUUACGAUAAAAAUAAAAUUGGUAACAAAACAGACAAUGAGGCUUAAAAGAGCAAAUUGAUUGAAAACCAUAACAUAAAACGAUGUCUAAACUCCAAAUAAACUCAAAAUGUAAGACAUAAGUUCUUGAAUCUUA